UUAGAAUUAAAAAAUAUUCAAAUUUAAUAAGUAUUUUUAAUAAACAGAAUACAAUUUUAUGGUGGUUGUAAAAAAGAAAAGAAAAAAAACCCCACAAAUUUGAUGAGGCAAGAAUUGAGAAUUUAAUAAUUAUUUGCUUGAGAAGGAAACAAAGAAACAACAAAUACUCCAGUUUAGAUGCAUUGACUAUUUGACUUCAUUGGACUCUUAAGACAGGAGGAGGCACCCUGAUCCUCCCGCCGCCGUUUCGACUUUUCUCCACUUUUACCACCGCCACUCCACCGCCGUUCACCACAAUAGUAGAGUCAGUUCCCACAAGUUAAUCGAUGAAAUUUGUUAUGCCCUUUCCUCAAAUUUGAUAUGCCCCUUUCCUCAGCUAUUUUUUCCCUCACAAAGAAGUCUUGGAAACUUCACAAUCUCCUCCCCUUUGAUCGGGUUCGGACCUUUUGCCACCGUGCUUCGACCCGGCCUCGAUGGAGUUUCUUUGCCGAUGCCGACACGGAAACCGAGAGCUCAGUUUAUCAGGAGGCCCUCAAGUCUCAGCGCCCAACCACCGUUGUCUAUAAAACCCAACCGGUGAACUCUGUCAGCUUGAUUGGAACUGUUACUCGUGAAUUGAAAAGAAUCAAUUGCGAUGCCGGUUUGGGGGUUCACACUGUGCUCAAAGUCAGCGCCGCCCGGCAAUCUAAACAAUCUUUUCAGGUUUUGUUGAAGAUGUGGCAUGAAAUGGCAGAGAUGUCACUAAAUCAUCUGAAACCGAAUGAUUUCAUUUAUGUUAGGGGUCACCUGGGAUCAUAUAUGAAGGCUGACCGAAAUGGUAAUCCAUGGAUACAUUACCAGGUUGAUGUUAAAGAACUAAAUUACGUCGCAAAGACUGCUGAUGAUAAGCCUGUAUACCGCAAAUCGAACAAACUAGACUUACAAGAUGAUUUAGAGAGAGAGAAGGAGCGUCUUCAUUUGUGGCAAAUAUUUUUCGCCAACCCUUAUGAGUGGAAGGACUACAGAAGGAGCAAGGUUAAUCCCAAGCAUCCAGAUUUCAAGCACAUGAGCACCGGUGAAGCUCUCUGGCUACAGCAUGAUAAUCCACCAUGGGUUAAAAGGCAACUCCAGUUACUUGAUUCUGAAAUGCCAAGCCUUAGAAUAGAAAAACAGGAAAUGAAUAUCACAUCUUGUUUGCCUCUUCUUAGUUAGUGAUGAUGGAACAGAAGGAAAUGGAGAAUUUAGUAGCUCAUUCGAACUGAAGUAUGGAACUUGAGUGGCGGGAACCUUAUGUGGAUUGCUGGAAAUGCAAACACCCUUUUAAUGUGGGAAGACUUAGCUUAUGCGCUUCUCUCAGAUUCUUUCUUACAUGUAAAGGUUAUUAUCUGUAAUUCAUCGGCUUGAAAAAGUAGCUUUCACUUAUGUGAAUAUGAUGUCAGUUUGACGGAGAGCCUUGUUUCAAAGUUCUAUUUUCAUCUACUGCUAAGAGAUUUUACUGUUAUAUUGUCAACUUAAUUGUAAAGAUAUCAAAGUGCUUAAUCUGUAAAAUUUACG